GUUACUCCCUGUGUUGGGAUCACUAGUUGCAAUUGGGAAGGAACCAUCAAGACCUUCUAGUAAUUGCAACAAACUGCAAGGAAUAUGAGGUCCGUAGUGGACAAAUUACCAGCAGGUUUGCUGGUCCUCUGAUACAUUUCAGAAUGCCGCUGGUAAAAAGGAACAUAGACCCCAGGCACUUGUGCCACACAGCUCUGCCCCGAGGUAUCAAGAAUGAGCUGGAAUGUGUCACCAAUAUUUCCUUGGCAAAUAUAAUCAGACAACUGAGUAGCCUAAGUAAAUAUGCUGAAGAUAUAUUUGGUGAACUUUUCAAUGAAGCACACAGUUUCUCAUUUAGAGUCAACUCCUUACAGGAACGUGUAGAUCGCUUGUCCGUCAGUGUUACACAACUCGAUCCAAAGGAAGAGGAAUUGUCACUGCAGGACAUUACCAUGAGAAAAGCUUUCCGGAGCUCCACGAUUCAAGACCAGCAGCUGUUUGACCGCAAAACUCUGCCAAUUCCUUUGCAAGAAACUUAUGACAUUUGUGAGCAGCCUCCUCCGCUUAACAUUCUCACCCCUUACAGGGAUGAUGGAAAAGAGGGUUUGAAGUUCUAUACCAAUCCUUCAUAUUUCUUUGAUCUGUGGAAGGAAAAAAUGUUGCAGGACACAGAGGACAAAAGAAAAGAAAAGAGGAAGCAGAAGCAGAAAAAUCUAGAUCGCCCUCACGAACCAGAGAAAGUGCCAAGGGCACCUCAUGACAGACGGAGAGAGUGGCAGAAGCUAGCCCAAGGUCCAGAGCUGGCAGAAGAUGAUGCUAACCUCUUACAUAAGCACAUUGAAGUUGCUAAUGGCCCAGCUUCACAUUUUGAAUCAAGAUCCCAGGCCUACGUGGACCACAUUGACGGGUCGUAUUCCCUCUCUGCCCUGCCCUACAGCCAGAUGUCCGAGCUGCUGAGCCGAGCCGAGGAGCGCGUGCUGGUGCGGCCCCACGAGCCGCCGCCGCCGCCCCCCAUGCACGGCACCGCCGAGGCCAAGGCCGUGCCCCCCUGUGUCAGUUCUACUCCUGGCUUGGUAGAAAAUCGCCCUCAGUCACCAGCAACAGGCAGAACACCGGUGUUUGUGAGCCCCACUCCUCCUCCUCCACCACCGCCACCCCUUCCAUCCGCCUUGUCGACUUCAUCCUUAAGAGCUGCAAUGACUUCCACCCCUCCACCCCCAGUCCCACCGCCACCACCCCCUCCCACAGCCGCUCUGCAGGCCCCAGCUGUGCCACCUCCGCCAGCUCCUCUCCAGAUUGCUCCUGGAGUUCUUCAUCCAGCUCCGCCUCCAGUGGCUCCUCCCCUGGCACAGCCCUCUCCCCCUGUCACCAGAGCCGCCCAGGUGUGCGAAGCUCUGCCUGUUCACCCCGUUCCUCCGCAAGCUGAAGUUCAGGGACUUCCUCCGCCCCCCCCACCUCCUCCCCUGCCACCUCCUGGCAUCCGACCCUCCUCCCCUGUCACAGUUGCAAACCUCUCUCACCCUCCUCCUGUCCUGCACCCUCCUGCCACAACCAUUGUCCCUGGCCCUCAUGCGCCCAUAAUGCCUCCGUCUCCACCAUCCCAAGUGAUUGCUGCUCCUGAGCCCAAACGCCAUCCUUCAACUCUGCCUGUGAUCAGUGAUGCUAGGAGCGUUCUGCUGGAAGCAAUACGGAAAGGCAUUCAGCUCCGCAAAGUGGAGGAGCAGCGGGAGCAAGAAGCGAAGCACGAGCGCAUUGAGAACGACGUCGCCACCAUCCUCUCCCGCCGCAUCGCUGUGGAGUACAGUGAUUCAGAAGAUGAUUCAGAAUUUGAUGAAGUAGAUUGGCUAGAGUAAAAUUAUUACAUUGCUGUACACUGCAAAAUCGAAUGCUAAUGUCCAUUGUGGUGCUUGUUCUUUGGAAGUUUGAUGGUCAUUUCUAGUGUUUUUUGUAUUCUUUUCUUAACAUAAUUAAUCCAUGUUUUUCUACUUUUCAGUUUACAAAGAGCUCCUAGUGCAUCUUCAAAACUAAAUGUUUUACAGUGGCUUUUCUUACACAUCUCUUUUGAAAGAACAUACUUUGUUCCAAUAGACCACUAAGUAUUAAGCAUGGGCAGCUGUUGGUAGAGUAGCAGAUUCAAUUUUUUGGCAUAUCUUAACUGUGCACUUUGUGAAUUUUAAGUUGAUGAAGGCAACUGAGAUUGACAUUCCAAGGGCAGCUGUAUGUACUAAUGAGCCUUAUUCCACUUCUGAUAGUAUUUUAAAACAUUAAACCUAGCUAUCAAAAUAUCACUGCCUCGAUCACACCUGUAUACUAAAAGUACAUAUAGUUAGCAGCACUGAACACACUGAAAAGCAAAUGGAUCUUUGGGGGGGUUUAUUAUUGUUUUAUUGUUGUUUUUAAAUAAUUAUGGCCUUAUUUGAAUGUUUAGAGAUUCCCCUUCCCUUCUUCCCUCCCAGGUACAUAUUGUGUGGUACUAUUUUUGCCUGCAUAAUAAAAGUUUAAAGUUUUUUUUCCUUGUGAAAUCUUUUGACUUAACAUGCUGUGUAACUUAUGUAACUGUUAAAAUAACAGUUUGAUUUAAUAAAUGGUUCAUUUUAAAUGUU